AUGGCUAGUGGUGCGGGUCACUGGAUAGACGAGAACUUCCAGCUGCGCACAGCGGUGCUUGAGUUCCACGAGAUGCACAGGCGUCAUGGGGCCAAGGAGAUGGCGCAGGUGGCAGAGGAGACGGUUGUGCAGUGGGGGUUAGAGGGGUGUUGUCUUGGUUUCACGACUGACAACGCCUCUAGCAACAUUGCCGCCUUCAGGCGGAUGUCGGAGGAAGGUGGUUGUCAGUGCUUCUUCAACUCGCGCAUGCACUUCAGGUGUAUGGAGGAGUGGGGCGGUGCGGUUUGCGCGCAACCAAAAGGCGCGGGCGACGACCUGGCGCACAUUGCGCGGCGCACGCUGUCCCAGGCCAUUUCCGCUUCCCCGUGCGAGCGGCACAUGGGAUGGCGUGCACACGGCGCGCAGGAACAGGCUCGGGGGUACAAGUCGGAGGAGGAUAUGGAGGUGGAGGUGGACGAGGACGACGUGUGCCUCGAUGAGUGGGCGAAGCAGGAGGAGCUGGAGAAGGAAGGGGAGGGGGAGGAAGAGGAGGAGGAGGAUGAGGAGGAGGAGAGCUAG